GAGCGAGAGGAAUAAGAAAGCUAAUGAGUGAGAGUGUGAGCAAGCGAGUGAGAGAGGGAAGAUGGCGUUAGUCAGCAAGACAAGAGAUGUCUUUCUCUGGUGUAUGUCAGUUAUUUAUCUAUUUGCAUUUGCGUCAUAUUAUGUGCAAAUUCCAGGUCUUUUGGGAGACAAUGGAAUUCUACCAGCCAGAGUUGUUAAGCUCAAAGAGGUCGAUUCAGUUGUGGAUUUCUUCCAAGGGGAAUUCACUCUGCUGCGGCUGAUGCCCUUCAUUGGGCUCACCCGAGAGACAGGAAUGGACCUGCUGUGCCUACUGGGUAUUCUCUUGUCAUUCCUGUGUAUGGUGAUGAAGUCUUUCCGGAACAGUGUAGAAUAUAGCUUCCUUUGGCUGCUCUACAUAUCUUUGUACUCAGUUGGCCAAACAUUUUUCUACUUCCAGUGGGACAUUCUUCUCUUAGAAGCAGGUUUUAUCACCAUUCUGGUAGCGCCGUUGAAUAUGUAUAUAUUUUUCUGGAAAACAGCUCCAUACCACCAUCAUGACAACAUCACGCUGUUUCUCAUCAAAUGGUUACUGUUUCGUUUGAUGUUCGCUUCUGGUGUGGUCAAGUUGACCAGCAUGUGUCCAACUUGGUGGGGAUUAACAGCUCUCAAUUACCAUUUUGAAUCGCAGUGUAUUCCAACUCAGCUAGCCUGGUUUACCCACCAUUUACCAAACUGGUUACUCCGAUUAAGUGUCACCUUUACAUAUAUGAUUGAAAUUUUUCUGCCAUUCCUAUUCUUUUCUUCAAUACGCCAUCUACGAAUGCUUUCAUUCUAUGCACAGGUACUUCUUCAAAUAAUGAUAAUUCUAACAGGAAACUACAAUUUUUUCAAUUUGCUUACAAUUACACUGUGCAUUUCAUUAGUGGAUGAUGACUUUUUCAAGAAACGAGCAAGUCACUCUCCCGAAGCUAAGUCCUUUUGGAAUCGAGUGGCAGACUGGAUUAUCACAAUUGUUGUCUAUGUCUUCCUUGGCUAUGUAUUGGUGGUCUAUUUUACUUUGAGAUUAGGACCAGGUUACACGUCACUUAAAACACAAAUAGCUUUUACGAAAAAGGAAUUCUCUGAUCUGCUGGCCAAAGUUGUACCUAUUACAAUAUAUAUCGGGGCUGUGGCCUUAGGUAUUGAGGUGCUCAUUUCUUUUGUCAGAUGUUGGAAGAAUGAGAAAGGACUUUUGCGUAAACUUUUGUCUUCAGUUGGAGUGACGCUAGUUGCAGUCCUUGCUGCCAUCAUGUUUGCUAUCAGUUUGGUACCGUAUACAGCCAUAGAUGUUGGCAGUAAUUCUAAGUUACCAGCACGCUUAAAGAUAUUACACAGCAGAUUAGACAGACUUGAAAUAACAAGCCAUUAUGGUCUAUUCAGAGUGGACCUUACUCCUUUCUUUGGGAGGGGUGUCAGAGGCAGGAUGACUGGUGUUGGUGGCCGACCUGAGGUUAUUAUUGAAGGGAGCAAUGAUAUGAAAGCAUGGAAAGAAUACCAUUUUCUUUACAAACCAGGAAAUGUUUCUCGAAGUCCACCAAUUGUCACACCUCAUCAACCGCGUUUGGAUUGGCAGAUGUGGUUUGCUGCACUGAGUGACUUCCAGAACAAUCCAUGGCUCUUAACACUUUGCUACCGGCUGCUAACUGGACAAAAGGAAGUAUUAGAGCUUAUGGAUGAGAAUCCUUUCCCAGACAAACCUCCGGUCUACUUGCGUGCCACACUUUACCAUUAUCACUACACAAGUCCUUACAUCAUGAGCAAAAAAUACUCCAAAGACAGUUGGUGGGCCAGGGAGAAGGUCAGCAGCUACAUACCAAUAAUUGACAAGAAUGACCAGGGUUUACUGCAGUGGUUACAACAAAAUAACAUCUUUGAGCCUGUUGAGUCUCAUAGCAAUGCAAAUUGGUUGAUGAAAUCUGUGUCAGCGAUACGAGAAUUAGUUGGACAGCCAGAUGGAUUCCUUGUGACGAUAUCUCUAUUUUGUACUGGAUUUGUCUUGAAUGUCACUAAGUAUUUCUUAUUUUAAGCUGUGCUGCCCUUUACAUGUUCCUCUGUCUUUCAUUUGCUUUGGGGUUUUUUUUUCUUUUAAUUUUUUUUACUUUCCUUCUAUCCUUUCCCUCCUCUCACCACCAUCCUAUCCACACUCCCCUCUGUACUCUUUCUUUUCUUUCUGCUUUGUGAAAUUCUCUGUGAGACGGUUCCAUUGUCUUUAAAAACAUGCUGUCAAAUCAGUUCAUAGACUAAACCAUUCAAUAUUAACAACGAUGACAACAAAAGCAGCGGAUUAUCAAGGAUUAACAGCAACGUUGAUGAUAGCAGCAGCAGCAUAUUGUAAAGAACGGCAAUGUAAUUGAUAAUUACACCACCACCCCAACAACAACAUCAUUCGUAACAACAUUUACAAUGUCAAAACUCUGUUAGCAGUAACAUCACCAACAACAAUAAUAAUGAAGAAAACAACAACAGUAACAUCAACCACCACUUCCACCACCACCAUUGACAUGUAACUAAACAAUUAUUUAAAGUAAAAUAAAAAGAAAAAAAUUUUAUAUAUAAAAAAAAAGAUGACAAAAAAUAGGCAAUAAAUCAGUAUUUUUACCCCCCUAAAUAGAUUCCCCCCCCCUUUUUUUUUUCUUUCCUAUUAUCCAUAACCUAUUUUGUAUAGGAUUUGAAUGUUGCUCAAGUCGACAUUGCCUUUUCAUCUUUCUGAGUUUGAUAAAAUAAAUGUCAAUGAAACAAUUA